AUCUUCCGGGGUCCUUUGACGUCAUACAGUCGACGAUAAUUAGCUUUGAGCUGACAUGCUUGCUGUGGUUAUUUGACAAGUGAUUGCCCCAUAAUUUAAGGGUAACCGUCCCUAUGUUGAAGCUGUGCUGUACUUUUUAAGUGACGAGUAGAUAAAACAGUCAGUUCAAGGGAGGUGAGUGUCCUUUGUGAAUGAACAUGUUGAGCUCCGGCCGCCGCGUCCUUCAGGAUCUGCUCCUCCAGCCUGCAGUCAGGAGUUUCUCCCUGAGUCCAGUUCAGGUCAGUCUGAAGACACUUACAGUUGUGUGUCAGGAACUUGAACCGUGUGAAAUAAGCCUGUCUAAAGUUGACAAUUCUUUAAUUUGUACCUGUAUGAAACAACUCUGUAAUCUUUGAUGGGUUAAUACUGGUUAAUACGGAAGCCCUGAGCAGACAUGCAUCCAUUUAUUUUGUAGAAAUAAAAGACUCAAAAACUAAACCCUGUUAUUUAAGGAUAUGUUAUUCUGUCCUUGUAGGAAUUCCACCACUUAUCUUAUGAUGUUGUUGUUAAUGUACGGUGGCCGAGAACUGCCACUGCUGCAAAUAAAAAGAAAGAAGCCACAACAGAAGUUACUGAAGCAAAAAAAAAGAAAGAGAAAGAAGAAAAAAAAUAAGUCGAAGCCCGCUGCAAAUAACAGAAGAAACAGUGUAGAUGCAAAUUCUGCAGCGUUCCUUUUUUUUUAUUUGCAGUGGGCUUCGGUUUCUUUUCUUUUUCAUCGGUAACUCCCGUGGUGGAUUCCUUUUUUUUUUUUUUUUUUUUUGCAUUCCUUUUUAUUUGCAGCGGUGGCAGUUCUCGGCCACUGUAUUAUUCAAUGAUCAACAACAAAAACAAGACCAGAUGAACAGCUCUAACAGAAAAUUCCAUCUUGUGAUUGGCCUGUCUGAAAAUCCAAUUAUGAAUGUAAAAUAUAUGAUAAAUAUUAGUCAGCACAUGCCAGUCAGAAACAGUGUGGUCCUCCUUAAAUAACGUCAUCAGUGUUUUGUGAAAAAGCAAAGACCUCAAAGAAGACGUAUAACAUCAGUGAAAGCCCUGUUAUCCCUUUUAGAGAAACAUGACAGCAUUUACAAAUCUGCUCCCUUCCUCCUCAGAGCACGAUUAUAGUCGAACGCUGGUGGGAAGUGCCUUUGUCCAAAGUCGGCAGCCCGCCUAGGCUUCACCCUCGAAGACACAGAGUAUAUAAGCUGGUUGAAGAUACCAAAAAUCGUCCCAAGGAAAAGAUGGAGCUCAUCCUGACUCAGACAGUGCCAAGUGAGUGCUUGUGUUUACACUCUUAGAGUAUUGUGUGCGUUAAUAAAACUCACCACAUGAUAAGAAAUAAUGUGUGUUUGUUCUGACAGAGCUUGGUGGUCGAGGAGACACUGUGUUUGUGAAAAAGGCUAUGGGGAGAAAUAAGCUGCUGGCCGAAGGUCUUGCAGUGUAUCCAUCACCGGAGAACAAGCAGAUCUUUGCUGAAGAAUUAAGAGUAUGUGUCGAAGUUUGAUACCUCAUUUCUCUGUAUAUUUAUUUUUUUUAAAAAACAUGUAUUUUCAUCCACUCUGUGACCUUUUCUCCACCAGCUUUUACGUGAAGGGAAUCUAGAGGAAAGAGUUCAAACCCGCACUGGACUGAUGGUAGGUCUAAUUUAAUGGCAUGACUUUUCCGGAUUAUUUUUUUUUACCUUCUUGGGUGCAACAUUUGAGUGAAAGUUGUUAAGAGAUUAAAGAAGCAGCUACCUGUUCUUAUCAAGGUUCACUUUUUCUUGUUUGUGCAGACAGUGGAGUUCUUGAAAUCCUCCCAUUUGAAGAUCAACCGAAUGCCUGUGGAUGAGUUCCACGUCAACAAAGAGAUCCUCUGCAGACAAUUUCUCAAGAGGGUGCUUGUCAUUUUUUAUUUCUUCCAGAUACAUUAUCCAUAUAAAACACUAUUUUGAAGCAAGUUUCAUUGGAGUUUAAGGAAGUGUGCUCAUUUUACUCAUCUUACCAAAUUUUCCCCAGCUUGAUGUUGUUGUUCCUCCUCAUGCAUUGAGUUUUCCAUUUGAGACAGUCAAGGAUGUGGGCGACUACUGGUGUGAAGUACAAGUAAGUGCUCUUUGUUUCAGUAAGAAAAGAACAAACAAAAAAACAUGCAUCAUCUAACCAUUGCUGCAAGAUGAACACUUUGGUACACAUGCUAUUUUUAAUAGGUCAAAUGUGAAUGUAAAUGUUUUGUUUUUAUAAACACGUAGGUUCUGCAUGUUGCCAUUUGUUCUUUAAUUCUUGCUUAAAGGGAUAUUCCGGCGUAAAAUUAAAGACAACUCACCGUCUCUCUUCCAGCAGCCGAUUGUUUGUAGCAAGACCUUGGGCCAGUCCAUUACGGACUGCAGCGGGGUGACGCAGCUCAAGGAAGAACAUUUAUGAUCAUUUGUUUAUCAUUUCCUUUAAGUAAUAAUCACCAUAUUAAUCAUUUUGCACUGCAGAUCCGGUAGUUCUUCUGCCUUAGCGUCUCGGUCUGAUUGCACUUCCAUGAGGAAAUGAUCAUAAAUGUUCUUCCUUGAGCUGCGUCACCCCGCUGUAGUCCUUAAUGGACUGGCCUGAGGUCUCGCUACAAACAAACAGCUUCUCAAUGAGCGUAGAUGAGUUGUGUUUAGUCUCUUUGCUAAAGAAAUUAGGCAAAGCUAAAAAGAUGUUUGGUGGCUAGUGCUGUGGCUGGGACCCUAUAUGUACUGUUGAUGAAGUUAGGUGCUGUUCUGAGCAUUAUUUGUGGCUAUAGAGUGGCGUUUUGGUUGAGGUUUGUUUACGGCUCCUCAGACCGCUGUGUAUUGCCAUUGCCACUAGCGAAGCAAGCUGUCAGCAACAUUCAUCUUUCGAGAGGGUGUCUAACUCGGUGUUACUGUGUGUUUGACCCUAAAUUAAUUUUACGCAGGAAUAUCCCUUUAAUGCAGAGGCUCUGUACAUGAUAAUAAAAUAGCUAAUUCUUUGCUUUCCUCCCCAGGUUAAUGGAAUAGACACAGUUCGCGUCCCUGUGUCGGUGCUUCCAUAUGAAGACCCGUCUGCAGCUUACCAACGGCAGCUCAAAGCAAAAAAGCAGCAGCAGGAAGCAGAAAACAUCUCUGAGCCUUCAGAUGAGACGGAGGCUACAGUGAGGGCUGUUGUUUCUGAUGCUACAGUGGAAGCUGAGGCUAAACCUGACGAAGACUCUGUGAGGGAAGUUAGUGAAGCUUCAGCCCCAGCAGGAGCCUCAGCUUCUGAAAAAACAGCAGCGAGUGCAGAGCCGAGUGACGACAAAACAGCACCACCAAGUGACAGUCCAAAAAAAGAUUAAAGGAUACCAAGUGCAGAUACAUGUCGAAGUUGAAAUUUGUUUAUAUGUCAAACACACCAUAAAUGCAUAAAUCAGUUAUUCAUGUGAGGAUUGAGAAUCUCAUUUUAUUUACAGGUUGCAUUUUUGUUGAAAACUAUAGAGGGAAUAGCAGUACAUUGCAAGUAAAACCACAAGUAGUAUCUGCUUUUUUGUGAUACCAGACACGACCAAUAUUUACUGGGUUGCAUUCAAAGGGAUGGAAAAGAACCAAAAGAGAGGAUUUAUGACUUCAUUUUAAGUGUACAACAUGAACUGGCAGAGGAGUGCGUUUGACUUAUUUUACAAGCCAUUUCAAAAUUAGCUCAGACAUGAAUAUUCCUGCCUUGUAAUACAUCAGCUGGAACUUUGUCACUGGCUUUUGGCAGUUAACAGUCUAUAUCCCUUGGUCACUGGCAUGUUUUUUCUUCAUUUUGCCACAUCUUUUUUGCUUUCUACUGACUUGUAUGUGUUGUGAAAUACUGCACAUUUAAACAACUUUGCUUAUGAGAAGUACUUGUCAAAUUAAACAAAUACCUCUCAAUUUUCAUGGAUAUUUCCAGGGAGAUACUUAAAAAGUCAAGCUUUUCUUUCUUUUACUUGUAUUCAUAGAGCUCCUGAUAGUUCUUGGGUGAAAGAAUGAGCUUUUCCACCUGACCAUACAACCUACCAGUCUUUCUCUGACAUUUUAAAAUAGGCUGUGCCAGUUACUUUCUGCAUGGGAGAGUAAAGUACCUUUACCAACUAUUAUCGAGGUAGUCAUCUGUUCUAGAUAAGUCCUACAUAAAGUACCUCAGAUGGCCCUGAAAUCAAUCCCAGCCAACAGUUUUAGCUACCCUGACCAAAAGGAUAAGCUACAAUUAUGGGACUGUUAGAGCUACUCUGAUCUACAACUUACAAUACUCAAAUAUACAAUACUCAAAAGGAAGAUUUAACCAGUCAAGCUAAAGAAAUACUCAGCACAGCCAACAUUUUGAUGUGCUACAGCCUACACAAUGAGCUACCCUUACUGAGAACUUUGGUUUACCAGUUAGAGAGACAAAACUACUUGACUUAAAAGUAAACAGGAUGAGUUAUUUGGCUUACCUAUAUCAAGAGGGGGACUACUUGUACGUAGAGAAUAAGUCACCUUUGCUGACAUUUCUGGCCCAUUGAUAGGAGAGAUAGAGCUGCUUAUGCUAACAGGAUGAGCUACACUAACCCACAAAACAAGCUAUUCAAGAUUAAUUUUCGCAACCCUGUGUUUUCACAUCACUUAACACUCCAACAAAGAAAAUAUCAAUUUGACAUUCAUGCGUUCAUACUUCAGGGUCCCUGCAAGAUGCUAAAUGUGUUGUGGUUUGGAUCACCUGCAGUAUUCUCCUUACCUUUUAUUGAAAACAUUUUGAUUCAGGCGUUAAGUGACUUGAAAUUCCUUCUCAUUGUGGGAGGGACUAUCAAACCAACAUCUGUGUGACUGCUAGGGAACCAAACAUGCCUUUUAACUUACUGUCAUUGAACUCAACAGAAUGAUGCAUAUCAAAGUUUGCUGAAUAAGAAUUAAUUUUACACAUUCAGAAGGAAAAGAUUUAUAAUGGCCACUUCAGGGUCACAGGUACCUUAAAAAUACUACAUGACAUUGUUAUGAAGGUACAGCACCUAUAUUUACUUUCAAAGCCAGUAUUACACUUUAUGAAACAACAGACCAAAAGAACAACUCAAACAUUUCAACACAAAUACAGAGGUCAGAGGGCCAGGAGGAAGAAAUCUGUAUUUAUGUCUGUGUGUGCGUGUGUAGUUUCUUAUUAAACAAGUUUCUGGUUAUUCAGGAAAAUCUGGAAAACUCUACUCUAAGUUUGGAUGCAGGGCUUCAUUAUGUCUCAAAAAGUCCAACGGAUGACAUUUAGAAACCGUAUUUGGCCUGCGUCUGCCGGCGGGUUAGCUUGUUUUCUGCCCAGUUAUUCUUCAGCUCCAACUCCCGCUCCUUCGCCUGUGAAAAAAGAGCAUGAUUUAUAACUCCUGAUAAACCCCAAUAAGACAGAAAUAUGGAAUAAAAAUUGACAAAUGAGUAGAAACUGAUUUCAAAUCAAGGGUUACAUGCAAAUUAGCACCCACCCUCAGAGCCUUACCCUACUUUAAAUUCUAUCUGUGGUUUGUGAAAUUCAAAAACUUGUCCAAGACAGAACAAUGCCCGACAUGAUAAUCAGACAAUAACUCUGAGACUUCGAUAAUAAACUAAUGCAGAGAAGUAGCUACAUGUUGACCUUGUUUGAAUGUCUUCUGCAGACUUAUCCUACAGCUGUUUUCAUGCAGCUCACUGUAAAACCCCCUAGCAUAAAAAAGCCAACACAAGCCACGAGGUUUGCUCUGUGCAAACAUUAGUGAAGCCUAAAAACUGGAGUUCAACAUGCUCAGACAUGUUACAGUCAGUAUGUUGUAACAGAAACCCUGACUCUACCCUGCUCUUAAUCACCUUAGAAAGCACUGGAAGUAUUAUCCUUGAAGUCUGUCUUGUAUCAGAGGCGCUAGAGGAUAUCAUUAACUUCAUACCCCUUAAGGAUACUAUAUUGUUAUAGUAAAAGAACUAUAAUGUACUGACUUUUAAGUAAAAUGCAAACCAAAGAUCUACAGUUAAAGCAAGACAAUAAACUCUAGAUAACCAUACUGUUUGAUUUGAUGUGUGCUCAUAUAGCAUUUCAGAGAAGUUGAUUUUAGUGUCACUUACCUGGUGAAUGAGAUAUGUUAUUUGAUGUUUACGCCGCUGCUGCCCUGUAGGCUGUUCUCCUUUUUUCUGCAAAAAUACAAAACCAUUUCAGUCCGUUGUAAAGCAUACAUUGUAGGAGCCAUAAUGUUGCUUUGCUGAUCGGUUAUCCUGUGUUCAAUUACUUUUGUCUGGUUGCCAUUGGUUUCGCUGGGCUUGGGUCACGCGGGCACUGCGUUUGAAAGCCGGUAGGUUAUGUAAGGGGUAGUCUUACCUGCACUGGGGUGGAGAGGUGAGCCUAUGUCGCCAUAAUUGUUGUUGACCGCGCUUUAUGUUCUUUGUUUUGCAAUGACACACGUCGCAAAGUGUACACAUAUUAUAUCUGAUGUGCGCGUGUAAAUCAUUGUGAGUUAUUAAAGCAACAAAACAUC